ACGUUCAGUCGCGCGCCGACCGUUCGCUCGUGUGCACGCGUUCGUUAGACCUUACCGGCUCUGCCAUUGGCUGCUACUGUUUCUUCUUGUGUAGUGAUGCCGUGAUUAAUCUUUACUUUUACUUUCAUUCUCGUAUAUGUCACGUUGGCUUAAUUUGCCGGAAAAAUCAGCAACGUAAAUGAGUGUGGUGGCGCCUUUGUACUUGGGUAUCGGAUUAAAUCAUUCGUGAAUGUAUGUUGAUUUGAAUUAGUCUGGUAGGCGGAAUUCCAGGAUAAACGAUAGCAUUGAUGCUUCGAUUGUGGAUGAAUCGUGACAGUUUGUGAAUCAAUGUGAAUAGUGGCUUUGGAGCAUUACUGCCAGCUAUUAAUUCGAAACCUUUCUGCUGCCAUGAACCCUGGAAUAAUUUGAUCGAAUCAGCAAUUAGGCAAUUUCAUACGACUACGACUCGUUCGUUUGACAUCGAACGUUGUCGGGAUCGAAAUUUCGGAUUGUCACGUAAAAUUGUACCUAAAGGAUAAGUAAUUUCAUUACUGCCAUUGUGGAUUAAUACUCUUUCUACUGGAUUAGUUUCUUUUACGAAUACCUCCGUGAGUGGCGCUAGUGAACUUAUUUGUAAUUCGACCAUCAUGUUAUUAGACGCGCUCUCCCCUUGACGAAUUUUUCAAGUGAGAAAAGUGUAACGAAAAUUAUAUUUUCAAACGUUAAACAAGAAGAUCGACGGAAGCAUAAAAUUCGUCGUUAUCACGGUCACGUAUCCAGAGAAUAUGGUGUGAAUGACAAAGGAUCGAAAAGUGUUCGUGCGCAAAUUACUACCCGAUAGUAGUGCUCUAGUGGUGGCAGCAGUGUGCUUAACGGGCCGCUAAAUCCUCUAAUGGAAAUUGGGCAAACGAAGUCCGGUCUAAAAGUGCUGCCAAUCCUCGAUAUUUAAAUUGAUUUGCGGUAAAUCGGUAACCUGUUCAAUUCGUUAAUAUGAAGCGGAUUUCGUGUCGAUUAAAGGAACGUCGCAAGGAAAAUAUAUUUCUUGACAACAGUGCAACUUCAUCGUAAAUACAAAAAUCUCAAUAUAUACCCCGUGGCAAGAAUGUCUGAAUUUACCUGAAGUUAUCGUUACUCUAUCAGGCACGAAGUGCGCGCUGAAAAGUUCUUUUGACAAAUAAUGCAUCGCGUGGUUGUGUCGCGGUGAGGAUUCCUGCCGAAUAUUCAUCCUCGUCAUCAUGUUGACUGUCACUGUGAUUAUUCUUCUGGGCCUGGAGGGCGCGUGGGCCGACAACUUGGCCCUUUUAUCAGGCACUUUGAAGACUUAUCAGCGGGCUGCUUGCGACGAGGAGACAAUGACGCUGAAGUGUCCGCUUGGUACGACUAUCUCCGUGACUGUCGCCCGUUACGGAAGGGCGGAUGCAGCCAGUGCUGGAAAAUGCGCCACGCCGUAUCCAACCCUCGACGAGAAACAGGCGAAUCGCACUUGCUUUUGGCCAAAUGCAUUGCAGUACUCACUGUUGCAGACGGUGGUGGAGGUCUGCCAGAAGAAGAGGCAGUGCAAGUUCAACACCAGCCCGAAGACCUUCCAGGGUGACCCUUGUCCAGGCCAACCCAAGUACAUCGAGGUCGCCUACAAAUGUCGUCCAUAUGAAUUUCGGAGCAAAAUCGCUUGCGAGAACGAUGUUAUCAAUCUCAAAUGUUAUCCUGGACGUAGAGUGGCUAUAUACAGUGCAUCCUUUGGAAGAACGGAAUACGAGUCCGUCCAGUGUCCACAACCUCAUGGAGUCAUGGAGGAGACCUGCACAGUGAGCUACGCGACGGAGACCGUGAUGAACAUGUGUCAUGGGAAAAGACACUGCUCAGUGGCUGCCAACAGUACAACCUUCGGUGAUCCCUGCAAGCCUGACAGCAGGAUGUAUCUCAAAGUCGUCUACACCUGUGUUCCCAGCGAAGUUCUGCGCGAGCAGUACAAAGGUCCGUUGGAACCCGACGAGCUGGACGUGGUCGACGAGUUUGAGGAGGGAUUCGACAGGACGGACUUCCGGGCCGAAUUCAGUCCGAGUCCCAACCUCGAGGGGCCUCAGCCCCAGCCGCGGGACAACGCCUCCAGGAGUAGUCCCACAGUCAGUUCCUCACCGCCGAAAGCCAGAACGAAUAACGAUGUGGAGACGCGAUACAAGUUAAGUUCGAUCGGUAAGGAAGGUAAAGUGCAGAAACGUUUACGUACGCCGACCGAGGAUACAACAGGGAUGAUGUUGGGCGACACAGGGGGUAAUAAUAAAGCCGAACUAAGCACUCUGCCGCCGACAAACUGUACGACAGUUGUCUACGCCUUCCCAGAGGAGGAUCGUGUCGUUGUCGGAUAUCUCAAUGAGUGGAUCAAUGCCUACUCCUUUAUAUCAAAAAACCAGGAGAAAUUCUAUCUGUACAUCAUCGUGUCCUCGACCGCCGGGAUCCUCCUCUUCUUGGGCGUAGUGAUCGGGCGUCUCCUGGUGAGUCGUCAUCGGGCAAAGAGGGAUGCAAAAUUUCACGCAAAUAACGAGCCAUUGCCAAAUGGUUUUACUGACGACAUAUCGGAAAUCGACGCCGAUAUUGAUCUGACCACUCCAGCACCUGUAUCGAUGCAGGACACCAGGCUACCGGAAACGCAAUUGGCAGAACGACUUCACGGCGAACGUUACUACGGGGAUGCUCGUAUUCCACUGUCGCCAUCCUCUAUUCAUGGCAGCCACCAAACUCAUCCGAGUCAUCCGACCCAUCAGAUCCAUCACAGCCUGAAUCCUGGGGUACGUGUCGACUUGGGCAACCACAUGGUCGGGACGGACAGUCUGCAUACGAUUCUACGCUCCGAGAAUCCCAGGAGCCUCACCAACAAGAGCUACUAUUAUGGCUGACAAGACGAAGGGGUUGUCCCGCGCGAGGGACGACCUCCCUCCCUUAGUCCAGUGCCGGAAGUCAGCACCCGGAAGUACUGUUUCUAAACGGGGCUCAUGCGUCUCACUUGAGAGAAUUGUUCGGUCACUGUAAAUAGAGGAUGGUUCAUGGCGCCGCUCCCCAUGUCAAACGCAUUAAUUCCUCUUAAUUGUUCCAUUAGCUGUCACUCUCUUCCCCUCCUUUCUCAACUUCCACGUGUUACCUCGCCAUUGAUUAUUUACCCUUAUCCUGCAUAUAGCUUUGGAGCCCCUUUUUUACUCGUCUCCUUGAGCUUAUGAGGACUCAUAAGAUUUUCAGAGCUUCUGUCGGAUUCCCUUCAAUUUAUAAUACGCGUAUACUCUCUUCCUGUUUAAGAUAUGAGGGAAGGUGGUGAUAAGGGAUCACGGACUUCAGGAGUCUGAGAUUUAAAGAGGAGACGCUGUGAUCCAUUCGUUUCGCCGAAGUGAAUGUUGCGCUGGCUGAAGGGUCAAUUUGUUUUUAAUUAAAUUAUUAAAUUACAAUGAAAAAUUGCGAGACUCUUUCUUAUAUAGCGAAAUCUAUGUACAUAGGGAUAUGCGAAUUAAAUGUGGAUAAUGUGUGGAAGAGUGUGGCAGUGCGUGAGAGAUUAAAGAACGCAGCUGAGACUUGACAUUGUGCCAUUAAUUAAUGUUAUACGAGUAUACCAACUCGCGAGGCGGGUAAAUGUUGGGAAAUCCGCAAUUUUAUAUUUUUCUUCUGUUGUAUCUUUUAAAAAUCUUUUUUCACUACUGCUUCUUACCUCGUUCCUUCGAUUUUUUUUUUAUUUUCGGCUUGACGUUGGUAUCGCGACCUAAGUCGGACAUUUUGAAACGUCCAAUACUCUGUCGAAGGACGAACCGUUAAUUUUUAACAAAAUUCUCGGACUUUACCGUCGGCCGCCAAUUUGCCAGGAACGCGACACAAGUAAUUUAACCGCGAGCAAUUAAAACGCUCGUCCACCUCAACGCAGACCAUAACACUGGCUACAAGUAGAAAUACUGAGAAUACGCAAACUGGUUCUGGCAUUUGUUUCAUAUGGAUAUAAAUAAUAAAGAAAAGGGAAAAACCGAAAAAAAAAACAAAUUAGCAGCAAAUCGACUGAUAAACUUUUCGCAAAUAUUAAAUUCGAUUCUAAUGAAAAUCAAUAAGAGACAUUGCGAAGCGACCAGCCGAAUCAUCUUCGCUGAAGUUCACACCAAAACUUCUUUUUUAUUAGAUUCUCAAGAAAAUAUUCGUUACACUGCCGCGUUUUAAUUGGUCUUGUUAAUUAAGGCUCUUGUCGCGAGUGCAACUGAAUUGCCAAGUGUAGGCCGCAGAGUUUCCUGACGCAAUAGUGAAAGAUCCCAGUGGCAAGAAUGUAAUUUUUAUUUUUUUAUCGUUCAUUCGCCUUGUCUCACAUUUCUCUUGAGUCUUACUUUAUUUUUCUCAACGUCUUCCGUUUUGUAUUUUUAUUUCUUAUAUACUAUUUCUUAUAUCGUAUUCGCUAGCUUCGCCUCUUGCUUCUUGUCAACCAGCGGUGAUAACGAUGUAGCCUGACUAGCUUCUCGGUCUUAACUCGUCCAUCAAGAAAAGUCGAGGAGAGCGAAUGGGCUAAUACUGUACCAAAGAUAAUUAAGAUCAAAUUAAUGAAAUGAUAUUUCUAUUCUUGUUGAAGUAUUUUCAGCGGAGUGCCUGAUAUUCUUAGAAAGGGGGAGUGGAUGGUCACGGUACCAGCGUCUCCAUAAUGUAUCUUCAUCAGCAGCACCUAGAUUGCCUCAUCCAAAAUACUAUAAAAUUAUGAAAAAAAGAAGUAUUGAUGCAAAAACAAUAAAUUAAUUUAAAGACAAUGGAGAAAUAGUUGCUGGUAACGUGACCGGUCGCCUCGAUCUUAAAUCGAAUAAUCUUUUGUAUGUAAAAAAAUGAAAAUUAUAGAUCAAUCAAGGGAGGAGUGUAUCGUGUCAAUAGGUUUCUAUGCGAGUACUUAACUGUUGUAAAUAAUAUUGUAUAAAUAUUUAAUUAUAUAAUUUCGGCCCACAUUGAUCGACUAGAAAUAAGCGUCGUCUUUCACGAUGAUGCACUUUCGCGGACACCCUUACCCGGAGUGUUAAGUCGAUUUAGGAUAAUUAAUUGUAAAAUACUAAUUGCGAAAUACGCACCAAUGGAUACGUCGGCGCAACGGCCCUCCCUCCACACCCCUCUGUCCAAUCCCUUUUCGUCAUAGUUUUCCUGUAAACGUCCCGUUGGCAUAUAUUCGUAUAACGUGUAUGGACGGCUAGGAUUUGUGGAUGAAAGAAAAAAAAAUAUUAUAAUCGAAUUUUCGACUGAUUCGCAAUAACUCGAUAAUAGCGAAGCUCAUUAAUUGUAUUUGCCACGUCAGCUCCAUUGGGUGCACCGCCGUAGGCCAUUUCGUGCCGCUGAAUCAAAGUGCGGAAAACACCGUAUUCCUGUAAUAUGGGGGUUAGCGCUCUAGGCAACCGCCAUAGUUAAUAAAUCAUUAAAGAUAUAUCGAACGAGGGUAUAAUUAAUUAAUAAAGACAUUUCCACGGAUUCCGCGUCAGUUAAGGAUUUCAAUUGUGCGAAUUCGAGCUGCCAGCACGCGUCCACACGUGUAAUUAUAUAUUAGCCAUUAAAGUUUAAAUCCCUUUAAGUUCGCUUAAUAUUAAAAUCUGCGAUCGUGACGAGUUGCAAAGCGAAAUUGCACGAGAAGAAUCUCAAUGAAUUAAGUAAAUAAAAGAAUUAAGGAUAAAACAGGAGAAAUAAGAGAAGGAAGAAAAAGGAGCAUCGAUUAUUCAUUCGGCUGCUAAAUGAAAUGUGAAAUACCUAUUGUACAUCUUGAUACAUAAAGGGAAAAUAUCGACAAGAAACAGUAGCAUUUAAGAAGCGACGUUUCCCGCAAUCCCAAUAUUAACGAAGAAACUAAUGGAACAUAAGCUGCACGAGAUGUACCGUUCAAUACUCAUAUCUCAUAAUACAUGUUUAUAUAACUAGGAAUAAUCGAUUCGACCCAAUGCGAGUUAAGUAAUUAUCGUAUUGUAAGUCUCUGUUGUUAUAUCAUCAAAAUAAAUAUGAUCUAUUGUCAUAAAAA